AUGGAUCAUAAUCAUUUUCAUUAUCAACAAGGUUUUUUCAAUUACAUGCAAAAUUCUCAAAAUCCUAAUCCUCAAAAUUCUCAAAUUCCAUUGGUGCCAACAAACCCCGGCAUAUUUCUUCCGUCACCAAACAAUCCAAAUAUGUAUCUUAUACCUCAAAUGAAUUCUAAUAGUAUGGAAUUCUCUACUCAAGUUCCACCAUUUUCUACUCAAGUCCCGCCAUUUUCUACUUAA